UUUGCGUAACCUAAGGCCAUGCUCUGUGAUUGGCUUGCCAGCUGACAUCUCCAAACCUCGCUUGUCGUUUUUUCCCCUCUCUCUCUCUCUCUCUCUCUCUCUCUUCCUCUCUCUCUAAUAUUGGCCCUGAUGAUCCUAAGGGGAAAAAAAGUGGGGAGAGAAAAAGAUAUGUACCUUAGGGAAGAACCUCAGUGAGAGGGAGGGAAUCAGAGGACGAGUAGGAGCGUGUGUGCGAGUGUGUGAAAGAGACACUUACUCUCCUAACUACUGGGACACACACACUUUCCUCACCCAACUCAAAGAAGCAGCAAACCCUGGAGAAUUGUUAUUAUUUAUUUGACUUUUGUGCUUUCAUUUUAAACCCCAAAAUUGCUAAUUAUUCUCUCAAGCAUCCAUCUUUUUCCACCUUGAGACUUGCCUGCUGGGACUUAAUUUUCAACCCCUCUCUAGGAGUCCUAUGUACUGAUCAAUAGCAAUUUCCAUCCACACAAGACAUACCUCAUGGAUUUGUACCUGGUUGGAUAUCUCAUGUGCAUGUGGUUGUCCAGCUCUCGGGUGCUUGGAGGCUAUCCCAUCUGGUGGUCCCUGGCCCUCGGGCAGCAGUAUUCAUCCCUAGGAUCCCAACCCAUCCUGUGUGGCUCUAUACCUGGUCUGGUGCCAAAACAACUGCGCUUCUGCCGCAAUUACAUCGAGAUCAUGCCCAGUGUAGCAGAGGGAGUCAAACUGGGAAUCCAGGAGUGCCAGCAUCAGUUCCGAGGCCGCAGGUGGAACUGCACCACCAUCAAGGACAAUCUAGCAAUAUUUGGACCCGUUCUUGAUAAAGCCACAAGAGAGUCUGCAUUUGUUCAUGCGAUUGCCUCAGCUGGAGUGGCGUUUGCAGUGACCCGUUCAUGUGCGGAGGGGACCUCCACAAUGUGCGGCUGUGACUCCCAUCAUAAAGGCCCGCCAGGAGAGGGGUGGAAGUGGGGUGGCUGCAGCGAAGAUGCAGAGUUUGGGGUUUUGGUGUCUCGAGAGUUUGCAGACGCUCGUGAGAACCGACCAGAUGCUCGGAGUGCCAUGAACAGACACAACAACGAGGCAGGACGGAUGACCAUCCUGGAAAACAUGCACCUGCGAUGUAAGUGCCAUGGACUGUCAGGCAGCUGUGAAGUAAAGACGUGCUGGUGGGCUCAGCCUGACUUCAGACUGUUGGGGGAUUACCUGAAAGACAAGUACGACAGUGCCUCGGAGAUGGUGGUAGAGAAACACCGGGAGUCCAGAGGCUGGGUGGAAACACUCCGGGCCAAAUACGCCUUCUUCAAGCACCCCACAGAACGAGAUCUGGUGUAUUACGAGGGAUCGCCCAACUUCUGUGAGCCGAACCCGGAGACGGGCUCAUUCGGCACCCGGGACCGCGCCUGCAACGUGUCGUCGCAUGGCAUCGAGGGCUGCGACUUGUUAUGCUGUGGCCGCGGCCAUAACACACGGACAGAAAAGCGCAAGGAGAAAUGCCACUGCAUCUUCCACUGGUGCUGCUAUGUCAGCUGCCAGGAGUGUGUGAGGGUCUACGAUGUGCACACGUGUAAAUAAGUGCAGGAAGAAAGGGACUAGUGGACAUUAAAGGAUGGAAAAAGAGAGAAGGAGAGGGAGAGACAGAGAAAAACACACACAAGAUAGCGGCACUUCCGUGGUAGAACCCUUUACUAAUGUGCCCUUUUUGAUCUACAUGCCCCAAAAGAUGCUGAUGGUGAGCAUCAUGGUUACUACUGCCAUUCCUCUCACUCUUUUUUCUGGCAUGCAUUACGUCUGCAAAAGACCAAAAUGCCUUGUUAUCAUUCAGUCUUCUUUAUCUGUAACACCAUCUCUCUGAUCAUCUCGGCCUGCUGCCCAAGGGCCGAAACUGGAUAUGUUCAAAUACAACCAAUGACAUUAGGCGCGUAUUAAAGAACAAGAGGAGGGGGAAAGCACGACAGGAAAUUCUCUGUGAACUACUGAAUGCUGGGUCUGGAAAUAAGCCCUGCUAUACUACUGAAUCCAAUGUAAUGCCCAUGUUUUUCCUCAUGAUCUCCCAAUCGUAUUGUACACUCCUACCACAUUCCCUAUAAUCGUAUAUAUGUUCACAUCAUGGAACAUAUUGCUGUUUGCUACAUAAAAACUCUCUCUUUUGUUUAUGCAGCUGUUCGGAGGGAUGCAAUUGAUAUAUUAGUAUAGGGGCAGAGCAAACAGGAAAAGGCAUCAUGAGUACCUUCCGAUAUAAAAAAAAAAAAGGAUUUUUGCAGAAUAUGAACAUGCAAAGUCAUCAGGGAUUCUCCUGGAUGAGUGCAUGACUGCAGAAUGCAACGACACACACUGGGCUCACGUGCACCCGACCAGUAAAAUUUGCACUUACAAAACUACUAAUGAGUAUAUUAAUUCUAGAGAUUACAGUGAUUAUUUUUUAACAUAUUCUUUUUGAUAAAGCUUCUCGUAUAGGACUGUGAAGGCUCAGUUUCAACACUUCCCUGUCGAGACGUUUGCGUAGAGGAAGGAGAACAAGCGCGCAGGAGGAGGAUAGUUGAGGAAAGAAAUAGGAGGGUAAAAAAAUUUAAGAGGGAAGUGGCAAUCCAAUUUCAUGAAAAAACAACUAGGUGGCGCUUGGUAUGAAUUUGUACGAUUUUAUAUGUAGGAUUUUUAGAAAAACAAAAUAAUGAGAGUCCGACCCUAAAUCUAAUAGUCAGUGGGCCGCUAUCAGAUCACAUGAAAACGUACGAAGGUCAUACAAAUGUAUACGAAGUAGCCACCAAUUUGCAAAUUGUCAUGAGAGUUUGUUUGCAAGUGGAGGACUGCUGCGGGUUCAAGUGUGUGAUAAAUGGAAGAAAGACCAGCUUCACAAAGCUGCAGCAGACUAGCGGAGGUUUCCAUAGGACAUGUUCUGACAGUCCCGUACGCUUCCCAUUAAUUAAGUUUAACUACACAACGCUAGUUUCACAUUCACACUGAUCCCUGAGGAGCCCGCUCACCAGUCACAUUUAUGCUCCCUUUCCCAUUUCUCCUUCCGCUAUAUCCAAAGUUUUGUACAAAGCCUUUAAAAGUUCAUAAUUCCCUUUUUAUUUUAUAAUCUGAAAAUGUUAUGUUUUUAUAAAUAUUAUUUAUUACACAAUGUAUAUAUCUGUAUGGCUGAACUAAGAUUAUAUAUUUGAAGAACAAACCACGUCUCAUGAUUUUGCUUUUAAAUGUAAGACUGACUCUUGCUCUGCUUGUAUAUGCUAUGUGUAGCCUCAAUUAUAUGAAUAUGAUGCGGAUAAUGACACUUUUAACAACAGAUUAUAAUAAUAAAGCAUAGCAUAAAAAUAAAAACACUGUGACAUUGGCACACAACUAGAUAAAGUGUUCAAUUUAGCUGAUCACAAUCAUCUGAUCUCAUGUCUGCAUCUACUCAGGUUUUCAGAUGGACCUCUGUCUGUCUCCACUACAGUAGCUCUACAGAGUAAAGCAUGACACAAUGAACACUACAAAUACUGACUGAAAUAAAACCGACUUCUUUUACCCGUUCGUGUAAAUAUUACUCAAUCGGCUCCUGUACACACAGGUCUGUUUGAGAGUCACACCUGUUAUUAAUCUGACAGUGUGAAGGUAACCUAUGUAAAAACCCGAGAAUCAAAUAUAACCAUUUAAUCUCUCUUAGUGCUAUAGAGUGCACUAACAGAGCAACUGCAGCAGAGUAGACAGACAGUUCAUUUUAAACCAGACCUAAGUAGGAACACAACCUAAGUCUCAAUGAUAAAAAAAAAAGCUAAUUCUUACAAAUCAACAAAAACAUCAGUCAUUUAUUGUCAUCUUAAAACUGCAUUUUAAUCAGGAAAUCAUUGAAGACAUUAUUUAUAUUUAUAUUUAAUAGGAAAUUGCAGUAGUUACUUCCUUUACCGGUCAUGCCAUGAAAAUAUAUCAUUUAUAGUCCAAAUGUUUGACAAUAAAGGCAGCUACUACAAGUACUAAUGUGUGACAUGUAGUUCAAGUUGCAAAGAUCCAAAAAGUAUACAAACCUCGAAUUCUAUAUUUAAAUGUGGCUUAAUAUCACUAUGAAUUUUACAGUUCAAAAAUAAAAGUCAUAAAGGGGUCAUAAUGUUUUGAGAGAGAAAGUAUGCAUAUAUGCAAGAGACAUAACAAAGAGAAAGAAGAGGAGAAUUCAAGGCCAAUGUGAACUAUCCUGGCACUUUUGGCAGAGGGGAGGUAGGUUGCGUGUUUCUGUCCUGUUCACAGAGCUUAAGGCCACUAUGUUACCGUUUAGACUGGGGCAAGGGGCUGAGACCAAGACCUUUCCUAUGUUCCUGACAAGGAUUGUCCCGAGCGAUAUAAAAAGGAUGGCUUAAAAAAAAGAUAGAAAAAAACUAAUCUUAAAAUAAAAGCAAUAAACAAACUGCAACAAUAUACUGGCAUGCAAAGGCACAGCAGUGGGCAUUUCAGUAUUGUUCAGUAUUGGCAGGCACUAACUGUUAAGAUAAGUCCAUCCAUGACAAAGAGAAAAGUGAGCAGAGGAUUUGGUCAGAGAAUUUUACCAUUGCUAAAUUCACACAGCCCAGUAAGGGCAAUUUUAGGAGUAAGGCAUUAUUGACAGGAAUCAUAAAAAUAUAAUACAUUUUAUAUAUAAAAAUACGUAAUAGGUCUAAUUCAUGUAAUACAUGCAUGUACUAUUUCAAAAUUCCUGAUGUCAUAAGAUUCCUGAGACACAUGUACAAAUAUGAGACCCUUUGCACUUGAAGUAAGGAAUCAAGGAGCUAUCGUGUCUGUAUUUAUCAUGGAAACAUGCCGUACACUAUACUUAAGGAAAGUGAGGGAUAGAGAGAUAUGCUGUAGGUAUGUCUGCUCUCUCUCUCUCUCUCUCUCUCUCUCUCUCUCUCUGUCUUUCAAGUGCACUCAGUGUUUUCCUGACUCCUUUAACAGCUUCUGAAAUACAUGGAAGAAAACACAAACAGGAAACCUUAUGAAAAAAGUGCAUGUGUCAUGUGAAUGGAUGAAAGCUGAAACAAAGAUGACAAAAAUGUAAAUCAAAAAUAUUAUUUUUAUAAUAAACAUCCCUGGUGUCAUUUUGAA